UCGACUCGGGAAAAAGGUGAGUCACUCGGCCGCGUCGCGUGUGUGUAUACCUGCGCAGGUUGCCCGGUGAGCGGCGGCGGAACACCCGCUGCCGGUGGGGGAGUACCGAGUGUAGCGGCCGUGGUGUGUAUACACACGCGAAAACAUUCCUCUACAACUGCUACGCCGCUGUCGCUGCCGCUCGUAUCGCACGACGAUAUAAUAUUAAUAAUAAUAUUAUGGUUCGGCGGGCCUUUGGCGGGUUCCAUCCGACUACAGAUUACCUCCACGGCACCGCGGUUCCGCAGCCGCCGUCAUUGACCAGAGCAGCAGUAGGACGUUAGUAGGUAGUCAGUCGUCAUGGCGGGCUUGUCGCUUAGGAAGCCGUGUGGCGAGAAGGAGUGCCCCGAGUACCACAUGUGCCAGGCCCACGAUCUCCAGUGCUACCCGUGCCAUUCGUACUGCAACGAGACUUCGCACAACUUUGACAUCAAAAUAUGCCAACAACAGUGUCAAGAUUACAUACAUGACUACGUGAAGCAUUACGUCAAGGAUAGUAACAUCCAAGAUGUGCUACAAGAGUUGGAGACCCUGAAAUCGUUGAUAAUUUGGUUGACGUUGCUGGUGGUCGUAGCAAUCGUCCUAAUGUCCGUCAUGUUGGUGUUCAUAUGGAAACGCGAGAGGAAGAUACCGAAGCUCAAGAGCGGAGCGAAAGAUUCAUAUUUCAAAAAAAAAUUGGCUUUCUUAAAGUUCAGGAACAACACGGUUAACACGGUGAGUGAGACGGUGGACAACAAGCCGUGGACGGUGACGGCGGCGGCGACCACUAUGAUGGCCGCGCACACGACGGACGCCCCGAAGACGUCGUCGGCAAGCUCGUCGUCCGGCCACCGGACCAGCCGCACGACCGUCUCGUCGUCGUCCACGUCAUCGACCGACAAGCUGCCCUGCGAGGACGCCACGCUCGUGACGCAGGAGUUCACCGGCUACGACAACCUGGGGCUGUGCAAAGUGUCGCCCGUGCUGAGCAAACCGACGGCCACGAUGAAGAUGUACGGCGCGACCGACGUGGACCUGCUCCACCGGUACUCCCCCUAGCCGAGCCAGAGUUUCGGCCAACCGUAAGUCGCCGUGGCCGAUACGACGUGUCGGAUUGGGAUAUUAUGUGUUUGACGGGUGGCGGAUGCACACGAACGGAAAGACCGCCCGAAUGAUGGAGUGAGGCGGCCACCCGAAGGAACAAAACGCCGCUGAGUAUACUACCCAUAUCAAUAUUAUACCAGCCAAGGUGUGUAGACAAUAUUAUCUAUUAUAAUGUUAUUAUAGGUAUUAUAGAUUAUAUUAAUAUAGAUGAUAUUAUAAAUAAUACUAUAAAGUCUAUAUUAGAUAUUAUUAUCUACCAUCUUUGACUUCCGGCUAACUAGUUGUUGCGUGUUGUUUUACACCGUGUCUCCCGUAAACACGACGAAUACGACGAGUGCGAACGAUUUCUAUUCUGACCAUUCGGUUCGAAAUGCGAUGAAAUACAAGCCGUUUGGUUCUCAUUCGUUGUGUUUACGCGUGCAGGAUACGGCAUCAAUCCGCAUUACACGUACGAUAUUUCGGUGUACGGUUCCACGGAAACUGAUCUGAGAAACGUGACUUAUAUAUUGUACUUGAUAAUAUUUAGAGAUUUAUUUUGAUUUUGCUCACAUAAAUGCAUUUUUUUUAGAGAUAGAGAGAGAGAGAAAUGUAGCGUUUAGACCUUUGUGAGUGAUAUGUUUAGUAGUUUGAAAGAUUCCGAAAACCGUUCCGAGAACGUUAUAGAGGUAGUCUAGUUGGAUAAUGUCAAUUUUGAAAAUCUCGUUGUAUAUACAAUAUUUUUAUCUCGAUAUAAAGUGUUGGGAAAAUCAUCUCACACAUUAUAUAUAUAACGCGUUAAUUGUAGUUUUUCAUUUUUUUGUGUUUAAUAUUCGUUCAACUGUUAUAUUAUUAUGUUUUUUAAACGAACUGCGCACAGUAUUAUCGACGACGCGCGUAUCGCGGUCCAAGUACUUAAAUCUCGUUCUCGUUAUUGUUAUUGUUUUUUCCUUUCUUUAAUAAUGUAGGAGGUAGAUAUAAGUAUUUUAUUUUGUAACCAUUAUAUACAUUCUAUUAUAUGACUUUGUUGUAGAUAGUUAUGAGUAAGGGUAAUCGGUAGUGUUUUAUGUAUAUGUACAUAUUAUGUACGAGUUAAGAGCGUGGUAUACGCGAUUAGUGUAUAAGUUAGAUUUAGCGAGCUAUGAAGAGGAUGAAAUAAACCUUUGAUCAGUGAACCCCGUCCAAUAAACUUUAACAGUUUUUAGAUAAUUUUACGCCGCUCUCGUCCAUGUCUAUACAUGCGUAUAGACACGCUGUCGGCGUAAAGUUGUAGGUUGUCGUCAAACGCCGUUCGUUUGACAUUGUACAUAAAUAUCAUAUUCUUAAAACCUUUUUUUUAUAUUAUUGUAUAAAAUGUUUUUUGUUUAUUAUAUAAAUUUUUUUUUUACAUAUUUUAUAAAAUAAUACCUAUAUUUCGUGUUGUACAGUAUAGAAUAUAAUGCCUAAGGCAUACUCAUGUUAUAGAACGUUUAAUUGUUGUUUAGACUUUGUGAGAUUUUGAAUAUAAUAUAUACGUAAAAGUUUAGAUUCCACAACACAAAUAACGCACAUUAUUGAAAUGUAAUUAGAUAGGUAUAUUAAAUAUUAAUUAAAAUUUAUAACAUUACCUGUAUUAGUAUUACAAUACAUAUUUUAGUAGGUACCUAGUUAAGUUAGUAUUUUAUGGUAGACACAUCAUAUAAACCUACAUAGGUACUACUUUAUAAUAUAACCGAGACAAUCAUAUCAUAUUACUUAAGUAGGUAUAUUAUUAUUAUUAGGAGUGGAUAUUAUAUUAUUAUCAGUACGCCGUCGUCGUACCUAGAUACCUAUAUUAAAUAGGUACUAUAUUACCACAUAUUUGAAUAAUGUUAGAUUGUAGAAACAAAUUUUAUUACAAUGUAUUAAUAUAUAUAUAUAUUAGUGUUUAUAAAAGAUAGGCCCAAUAUAUUAUAAAAUAUUUGUAACGUCGUUGUGGAUUUACAACUGUUUAUGAUUAUCAUGAAAAGUGUAUCGAAAAGCAAUAAUUAGAUGUAAGCAUAUUCUGUAGGCACCUAUACGUGUUACGUAUUUUUUGUAAUUUUUUUUUUAUAACGGCACCCCAGUCAAAGGCUCGGUGUCUAUUUGUAUUUUUUACAUGUCAUAUUAUUUAUAAAUGAAUAUAAAUAUAUAUAAUAUUCAAAUAAUA